AUGCUGUUUUGGGUGGAUGACCUCAUUUCUCAGACCAAGGUGGAGUCCAAGCUGUGGAUGAUGACAGGGGAGGAUGCGUCAUUGGGCACCCGCAAAGUCCGCUACGAUGAUCUCGACUACUGCAUGGAAGCCUUUGGCACUACGUCUGGCACCGUCUGCAAGCCGAGCUACUUGAUCAACGGGUGGAACACAACAGACAAUACCUCGCUCGCUGAAAGGACGACUCUUUCAGUAGCCUAUGACCCUGCGGGGGAGGGGGAUGGUGAGCAUGUGGUGGGGCCAGUUGCAGACAAGACCAACCGGCAGAUUUAUUGGAUUACCCCUACAUGUGCCACGUCGAGCAGCCGACGUUUGGGAGUUUGGAAGGUGAAGUACCUGCUAGACAACCAAAUCAUCCCGGAUGGUUCUGACCCAAACCCGUUGACCUGUGCGAACGAGUCUUACGUCUAUGCCGUGAACCGGUACGACGUCGACACCAAAAAGUAUUCCCUCAUCUACGCAGCAAGUCGCGCGGACUUUCCUGCACCGGAGAAGUGGACUGCAUACAGUUGGAAACUGGCUUUCGAUGCCACCAGAAAACGAUUGUACUGGUGGUACUAUGCAGGUGCCUGUGCGGUGGUCAGGACCUGUGAUGCUCCUUUGUACUACAUUGAUGUAAGUGGUCUGACCAAUGAUGGUGACAUGCCAACCCCUGUUUCCGUGGCCAAUGUCACGGACGGUUACGGUCACGCCUACUGGGAUAUGGCCCUCGAUGACUCUGGAAAUGUUUAUAUGGUUGAUUGGUACAAGAUCAGGAAAUAUGACGUCGCUUCGGGAAGCCUGUCAGUCCUGCACACGGAAGACUACCUGAACACAGGAUGGCACUUUACCGGUGUGAGCCACUGGACAGGCACCACAAAGAUGAUCAUUACCAAGACAAGCUCGGUGACAUCUCAGCUUUGGAUUUUCGACACCAGCGAUUCAUCAUGGGUGCAGUUCUACAGUGCAGUUCACUACGAGUUCUAUAAUUCAGGCCAGACGCUUUACAACCAUGUGGUGGAUGCCACCCAUGGUCUCCUGUAUGUGGCGACCAGUGGUGGAAACUCAGGGGGCAGAUCCAUUAUCGAGUUGCCCCUGGCUCCAACGGGGCAGACCAUGCCAUACAAGGCUUGUGCUGCCGGGCGCUACAACCUUGACUGUCCCCUCUACGGCAUCGGGGAGCGUCUGGUGGUGGGGCACAUGUAUGCCGCCUUCUCAGUUGCUGGCUCCGGCAAGUCCACGAACUUCGCAGCAGGAUCCGCCGACCGCUUCCCCGCUUGGGGCACCUCCCAGAUCGCGGUACUUCCGGCAUCCGGCACCUAUCCCACCAGGAAUCCAUGUGCUGGCAAAGCACCAGCAAGCAUCGACACGUUAUCGGCGCGUCUGAAAGCCACGACUCGUUCAACCUGCGGCAAGGAUGCGACAGCUGGCUUCGACACCAGGCAUAUCAUCUACAGCAUUGAUGCUGGAGACAAAGCCCCAAACUACCUUCUCCGCGACUUCAUCUCUUUGGAGGGCCUCGCAACAUCUGCAGAUGGCGGUUGGGGCUACGACUACAUAGGCCAGCGCCGCGCUUAUGAUCGGUGGCAGGAAAUCGCAACUGGUGGUGGCAAUGAUGGCGUCAUCCCAGGAAUCAAGAGCCCGUGGGGAUAUGGUAUUGCCGUCAAGGGCCCUGCAGUGGAUUUGGUCAACGGCUACGUCUACUGGAUGUCCUGCGAGCGCGCGGCCUUGCCCCUUGUAUGCUCGGAGCAUGCUCUCAAGAGAGUGCCAAUCUCUGUGCUGGAAACGGCGGCCAAGAUGCCGGACCCUGUGGAUUGCAAGGUUACCAGCUGCCCGCAUUCCGGCUCCACGCAGGUUCUGGAUGACCGCUAUGCUGUGAUCGAGGCAGCUGUGGAACUUCUCUACAAGCAAAGCACGCAGCUCUUCCCCGGAAAUGACGACACGGUCCCGAAUCAGGUGAAGCUUGCCAUCGACCCCGAGGCCGAGAUCGUGUACUGGCUUGCCCCGCAGCCCAGCACGGGCUACGUGUCGCUGAUGUACCUUGAUGUCAAGGGCUGGACGCCGAGCCAGGGAGUUUUCGAGCCCUGUGAUGUUGGAGAAGUGGCUGGGCACUAUGCCCACGGUUCCUGGUCCUCGCUCGUGGUCGCCUGCGAUGGCACAGUCUUAAGCCAUGAGGUCAACGCCCUGAAGCAACUGGACUUCGCAAAUGAUACUCAUGUGGCUAACUGCAAAGCGGAGGCUGCGCGCUGGGUAACGCUAUCGCAAACUGACCCCACGAGCUGGAAGGGUUGCUGGGACCGGUACCUGGACACUGGGACGGCAUCUGCCACGGGGGCCAACGUCCUGAAGGCCAUGGCGUACGACCCGAAGCGCGACCAGGUGUAUUACGCUUUCCGGCACACAACUGUCACGGAGUCCAUUUCGCGCUUCAGCCGUGCGGCUGGCCCUAAAGGCCCUGGAAACGAUGAGGUGGUCUACUCCGGCAUCUUCUACGAGUUUCCGCCACGAAACGACAAGGGCGCUGCCUUUAUCUCUGGGAUGGCCCUGGACACUCUGAAUGAGCUGAUUUACGUGGCCAACUACUACGGCAAUUCGGCCAAACAAAAUCUGGCAAUGCUUCCGCUGCCAGAGAACAAGUUCUAUCCAGGAGACAACAAGGUUGAGCAUGCCAAGUACUGGCCAAUGGACCUAGUCUCUGACGGCGACGCUCCCAUUGCCUGCCUGUACGGACAUCAAUCAAUUCCACACUCUUCUGGAUAUGGUAACCGCAAGUGUGAAUACCAGGGUGAGCGCAUGCAGCAGAAGAUGCGGCAUACCAUGAUGGACAUCAUCCUCCCAGACCCCGAGGGCAUCUCCAGGUUUUACAUCACUGACACAUCCAACAAUUUGGCGGUGCUGCCUCCCAAGCCUUCUCUGCUAUCACGCAAUGCGCCGUUUGAUUGGGUUCAGUACUUCGACAUGCUGCCCCACGCGAAGAUCAGCUUAAGCAAGUUGAAUGGCUGGAACAUUCUGAGUACUCCGGUAACUGCAACCGACCUGGGCUAUCAGCCGAGCUAUGACCUUUGCGCUGAGCUUUGCGCCACCUUCUGGCGGAAGGGCAAGCAGCGCUGCGUGGCCUUCGACUGGCGAAUGUCCAAUCACGACUGCGAGUACCUCAAGGACAAGGGGUUGCUGCCGCAGCACACCAAGACCUGCGGCUACUCGAACAGCGGCUUGUCCUGUGUGUUCGCCUUGGUGGAUCAGACGGAUCCUACUGCGGACGACUUCACGAUGUGGCCCCACCCUUGCUUCACUAUGCCUACAGCUGAUAGGGAUGGCAACCCAUGGAUCAUUGGUGAAAGUGGGUAUGCUCCUACUGGUGGCUGGCCCAGCUACGUGAGAGAGGGCUACAGCAUGGACAGGGAACGUACCCUGGCCUUCUUCUUGAAGCCCCAGCUUUUGGAGAGCACGACCGCUGCCCAAGCCAUGCGGGAUACAUGGCGCACUGCUGUUCCAAAUGGGCGCUGGUAUGGGAGCACUGACGACAUGAAUUACACAGUUGGCGACCAUGCACGGAACGGUAAUGCCAUCUUUCCCGGCGACCUGCAGUAUGAGAUCUUCAAAAACUCGGUCGGUGGCGUGGACCCAGACACAACUAAUCCCAAAGCUAUGCCUACAACCCCAGCCUCCUGCUUCAGCAGUGACCAGACUGUCACUACCACAUCCGGUAGCGGUGGGGAUCCAAACCCUAGCCAAGACAGCCCGGGGGGAGGAUCAGCAACAAGCACCACCACCCCCAGUGGCAUCGAUACCACCAACACGAGCAGCCCAGUUCUUGGCGGAACUGCGGACAAGACCAUUGGCCUCGGAGCACCUAUGCUGCUCCUCUUGGUUCUCAUGACAAAUGCCUAA